AUGAUGCAACAUUAUGAAAUGACUGAUCUUGGACUACUCUACCAUUUUCUUGGCACGGGAGUAGUACAAACAGAUAAACAUAUCUUUCUUCAUCAGAAGAAAUAUGCAUUGAAGGUGAUUGAAAACUUUGGAUUGAAGGAUUGCAAGUCUGUGGUAACUCCACUAGUUGCAAAUGAAAGGUUGUGUAAGGAAGAUGGGAGUGAGGCAGUAAAUGAAAGUGAAUAUAGGCAGAUUGUAGGUAGCCUGCUCUAUCUUACAGCUGCAAGACCAGACAUAAUGUUUUCCUCCAGCUUGCUUGCUAGAUUCAUGCAUAAUCCUACUAGAAAACACAUGGGAACAGCCAAAAGGGUAUUGAGAUACAUUCAGGGCACACUUGACUUUGGAAUUGAAUUUAUAAAAGGGAAGACAGCUACCUUAAUAGGGUAUUGCGACAGUGAUUGCGUAGGAAGUGAAGUUGAUAGAAGGAGUACUACCUCAGGAUAUGCAUUCACACUAGGAUCUGGUAGGUUCUCAUGGGCAUCAAUUAAACAAAACACAGUAGCCUUGUAUACUGCAGAUGCAGAAUAUGUUAGUGCUGCUGAAGCAACAUCACAAGCUAAAUGGUUAAGGUUUGUAUUUGAAGAUUUUGGAGAGGAGCAAGUGGAAGGCACAGCAAUUCUGUGUGAUAACACCUCUGCCAUAGCAAUGGCAAAGAAUUCGGUUUUCCACCAGAAAACUAGAUAUAUUAGCUGA